GGGCCCCCGUCCUGCGCUGGCUAAGGGGGACCCCGAGCCCGGGGCCUCUGAGACGGUGCUGGGGGGGCCUGGAAAGUUCGGGGUAGCUGUGGGGAAGACGCGCGUUGAGAAGCGGGGAGCCCGAGCUGGGGGGAGCUGUUUUGCGGGUAUCGGGGAUCCGGAGGGAGGCUUUUGUUCUCCGAGAAGUUGGAAUGCGGCGGGUGGGGCGGGAGCCCCGGAGCGGCGGGGACGGAGACGGAGCCAGCGCCAGCGCCAGCCACGAGCGAGUCCCGCGGCUGAUUGCUCCCAGCUGUGCGCGGACUGCACAUCUGGUUUCCUCCGGGGAUCCCAUUCUGGCCUCAAGCGGCAGAGCCUCUUCGGCGCGAGCCGGGGUGGAGGCCCCGGGAUACCGAGGAGAGCGAGCGUGGGGCCCGGGGCCAGGAAGGGGCCAGAGCGGGGGUGGGGCGGCCUCCUGGGCCGGUCCUGGCCUCCCUAGCUGUCACCCAAUCCAAAGUCUAGCAGGGCUUGGAGAUGCGGUCGGCAGGCAGCCAGGGAACCGUCCCUCUCUCUCUCCUCUGCGUGGAGCCCCUUCUCCCGAUAAGCCUGGGCUGGGUGCUGGUCCUGAGAGUGGGGACCUGAGUCGCCCCAGCCUGGAGACCUUCCCAUACGCCCACCUUCCCGAUAGGCGGCGCGCCAGCCGCCUGGUCACCACCGGCUGGGUUGGGGCGGUCCCCCUACUUUGAGGAGACCGAGGAGUCUCAUUCGGGCCUCUGGCCCUCGUGCCAUCUAUCUCGGAGAGGCGUUAGAUUCCUGAGAUGGGCAGGGGUCAGAGAAGCCUCAGAGAUGGCAGGAACCGGGGACAGAUGCCCUGUCCUGCUCCUUUCUCUUCCCUUUUCCUAGAUUCCCAAGGGAGGCGUUCAGCCAAGUUGGGGUGUCUGAAACUUCCCUGUGCUGGGCAGGGAGGGGGGUCUCUGACCUCGUGGCUCUUCCUGAAGUAGGCUGACAGCCUCCAGGUCACCCUCUGCUGAGCUGGGACUAGACAUGGGGACCUGGAGUCUCCAGCAAGGCCACGUGUAGCCAAAACUAGUGGCUGGACUCAACCCGGAGCUCUUGAACUCCAGGAACCUGGUGAAGCCAAAGAAAAGUGCACUGGCCCCCAAAAUUACACAACCCUUGUCACACCAUGUCAGGGCGUGCAGCACCCUGGGCUGGGUGACAUCACUGCCCCAGUGCAGUGCUUGGCCUCCCUGGCUUUCACCACAGCUCUUUCUGCCGCUGCAGACAAAUGGACCUCAGUCUCGUGAGUCUGGGAUGAAGACAGCCAGGUCUUGGGAGGCCUGGAGCCUGGCAGGGAAGGCAUCUUCUGGGGCCUGGGAGCCUUGCCCAGCCUGGCUGUUUUGGGGGCCUCUUGGGCCUAUGUGCAUGUGGUUUCCUGCUGAGCAACAUGCUCAGGGCCCAGGGGCUAAUUGGGAACAGGUGGCAGGCCUGGCAGACAGCACCAAGGGGAGGCUGUGAUGUGGGCUGAGCAGAGCUGGUGUCCCGAGGCUGUGCACAGGGUCAAGGAUUCCACUCCUGUGUCAGACACGGGAGUGCAUGGCUGAGAACAGUCACAGCUGGAGGGGAGGGGGCAUUAGAAAUGUCCCCUUCCUGAGCGGGCAAGGUGGCGUUUGCUCAUUUGUCAAGAUCAGCCCUGGGCUAGCCAGGUUGGAAAUAGCGUCCCUCGUGUCCUGAACACCCAAGCAGGAAUUAUGGCUUUGAUGUGCCCCCAGCCCCUAGUCCUUCAGAUGCCUGGCUUCUGUUCCAGGCUCAAUUUGGGGACAGAGGUGGGCUCUGCAGUCCUGGGGCAGUAGCCUGGGACAAAGCCCUCCUGCUCCUUUGCCUCCAGCUGUCCUUUGACUCUAACCCCAGCCUCCUCACUCCGUGGCCAUGAGAGCUGCCUACCUCUUCCUGCUAUUCCUGCCUGAAGCGCUGUCCUUCCCCGUCCAGCCCCCACAUGCUUUGCCUCCCUCAAGCAGGCCUGCUGGCUCAGGGCCAGUAUGACUUGGAUUCACUGCCUCCGUUCCCAGACCACGUCCAGUACACCCACUACGGAGACCAGAUAGACACCCCAGACUACUACGAUUACCAAGAGGUGAGCUCUCGGUCCCCGGAGGAGCAGUUCCAGUCCCAGCAGCAGGUCCAGCAGGAAGUCAUCCCAGCACCCACCCCAGAGACAGGACACACAGAGACCGAGCCCACAGAGCCUGGGCCUCUGGACUGCCGAGAGGAACAGUACCCGUGCACUCGCCUCUAUUCCAUCCACAAGCCCUGCAAACAGUGUGUCAGUGAGGCCUGCUUCUACAGCCUCCGGCGUGUGUAUGUGGUGAACAAGGAGAUCUGUGUCCGCACAGUCUGUGCCCACGAGGAGCUCCUCCGAGCUGACCUGUGUCGGGACAAGUUCUCCAGGUGUGGCGUGAUGGCCAGCAGUGGGCUUUGCCAAUCUAUGGGGGCCUCCUGUGCCAGGAGCUGCGGGGGCUGCUAGGGUGCAGCUGACAUCCUGAGCCCUGGGCCCGUGCACGCUGCCUCGGGCCCUGCCUGACUGGUGCUUUCUCCCCGUCCUACCCGCCUCAUUCUGUAAAGCUGGCAGACUGCAGCUCUGGGGGUUGCUGGCUCUGGUGCCAAGCCCCAGCCAGUGGGCAUCCCCAGGGCGCAACAGGGGCUCCUGCUGCCCAGGCUCUGUCCCAAGUGGGGGAGCUCCAAGGCCUCUGCGGGACCUGGGUCCCCGAUGUGUCUUGUCAUCCCCUAGGUACAGUCCCCCGAGGUAGGCUAUGCCCCACUCCAGCUGGUGUGCCUGGAUUUCCUACAGCUCCCUGGGCAUGGACCACCUUUGUUUUAUACAAAAUUAAAAAA